AUGCAGAAGUUGAAUUUGGUGCAGCUGCAGAUGUGCCAGCAGGAUAUCCUAAAAGCAGAUAUUGCUGUCAAAAAUCAUAUUGAAAGUAUCAGACAGCAAACAUUCACAUCGUCAAAACAGCUAUCCGAAUGUACUCGUGAAAUCAAAGAUGAAUUGGCGAAACUUGCGCAUUUAGUCGAUGCACUGGAGAAAUUCGCUAAUAAGGUGAAUUUUCGAAACGAUCGCACUGAGUUACUGGCUCAGGUGAAGGAGCACAGGAAUGAGUUGGAAAGAAAUCGCCAAAUGCUUCGGCAAGCCAUCCUACAGAUCACCAAAACUAUGGAGGAGCAAUCACGCAGUUAUUUGCUACAGGGAGGUGAUGAUGCUCAGGAAAUUGAAUUUAGAAGCCGCAAAAAACGUGCCGAAAAUAUGGAAACUGAAGCUCUGAAGGCCACCGUAAGUCUUGCAUCGCUGGUUUCAAAGAUGAGUGAACAGUUAAAGCUGUCCGAAGACACCACUUCAACACUGAUUCAUUCCUCUUCAGUACUGAGAGAUACCGAAUCUGAAUUUACAUCGAUGGGCGCCCAUAUCCAGGUAUUCGUUUUCUACUGA